AUGGCCAGACCGUUGGCUCGACCCGCUUUGGGGCGAAGUGUAUUUUCAUUCGGAGUCUCCUAUGGUGUUGUGAAGGGGAUUAGUAAAAUAUUGCAAAGGAGGUUGCCCAGGGACUGGAUCCGUUCGUCUGGCGUGGCUGAGGGUGGAUCUGAGGUAGGCGACAUUUCUAUGGAUGACAUGGAGUUUUUGCAGCUGCAGUUGGCGCAAUUUUUGAGGGAGACGUUCCCCGUCGACGAGAAACUAGGGACCCAGUCUCGGUGGACUCAUUGGUUCAGUCGAGGCAAAGCAUAUGUACAGGAUGUCUCUAUACUGAUAUGGCUGCUGCUGUUGGUACUUCUUGUGUUUUUACCACCGUUUUGGAGUCUGGUGUCGCGCAAGCACAAAGGGCAUUGUGAACUGGUGGAGGAUAAUCAUAUCAAGGAAUCUGUGCCAGAGAUAGUGGAACCUGUUCCAGGUCGCAGAAGUUCCGCAAGCAUUGUCGAGACAGUCUCUGAUACCCCGGUGGACAACCCAAGAGACGAUGAAACCCACGAUUACGGUACGGAUUUCGAACCCAGUGAAGAAAGCGUGGAAGAGCAAGAGCAAGGGCAAGAGCAAGAAACCACAGAAGAAGAACAUGGAGAGGUUGUGAAUGAGACCCCAGAUGUAACCAUUGAGAACAUCUUGGACGAGCAGUCACCAAAAUCAACCGCUACAAAUUCAACGGAAUCACCGACAAGAAGUCUGCAGGCUCCGACCCUGGAGAAAUCAGAGUCCUUUUCCUCCAGCUUCGUGCAGUUCUCCCCUACGAGGGCUACGAAUCUUAGCACCCAAGUAGACAAAAAGAACGCAUAUUCCCAACCCUUUAAAUACUAA